GGAAGAACUGCCAGUUGAUGGAUUUCUGCCCAGCCAACCCUUGUGCCAACGGAGGGACGUGCGUCAUCACUUACCCUUUCAUCGUCUGCCAGUGCUGGCCAGGCUUCGAAGGGCACACCUGCCAACACGACAUCAACGAAUGCUUUGCGUCCCCCAGCCCCUGCCUCAACGGGGGCAGCUGUAUCAACAGCAUCGGCUCCUUCCGCUGUUUGUGCCCAUCCAACUUCUCUGGUCCUCUCUGCCAGUACCGACGGGGGCCUUGUUCCUCGGAGAUCUGCCUCCACGGGGGCACCUGCCAUCGUGUCAAUGGAGGAUACCAUGGCUGCCUCUGUCUGCCAGGCAAUUACGGUUCAUUAUUCUUAGUGUUGUUAUGGCAUUUGUUGGCUAAAAGGCAUUGCGGCUCUGCCCCAGGUCCCAUCAUUGGCAUCCUUCAGUCUCAAAAGACUAUGGUAUCGUGCUCUGAAAAGAGGACCUAAAACAGCAUCAAGUGUGGCUAAAAAGGCAAAUUCGAGAGUGUCAAUCCCUUUCACAGGGAGGUAGUGUUGAAAAAAUAGUUUAAGACACC